AUGAAAAUCACGCAAGUAUUACUUAGGCAACAUUUAGGAAGGAUGUUUAAAUACAAUUGGUUUUUUCAUUCACGGCAAACAUUAGGUGAAACAAGAACUGAUCAUAAACUUAAGGAGUUGGAUAUAUCGGUUAUUGAUCCAGAAGAACUCCUAAAUCCACCAAAACCUCGCAUAGACGCAAGACCAUUUUUCGAGCACUCUACUAUCGGAUAUCGAGAAAUAAAAGACGAGAAUCAUCCCGAUUGGAAAGAAAGACCAUGUUUUAAACUAAACACCAAUGAUCUUCUAGUGAUGGGUACAGAUCAAGCUCAAGUACUAACUAAAACAUUACUCGUAAAAGAAGGAUUACCUGAUAAAAUUGAAGGUCUUAUAAAAGAUAAUUCGAAAGAAGUCGACAAUAUUGUCAAAAGAAUUAUUCAAACGUCAAAUAUUUUUGAUACACAUCAGGAAAAAUUACCUAUAAAAAAAGAUCCUGCGAGACCAGCUUGGAAUUUUCCAAGAGAUUAUGGACUUACUGAUAUUAGAAAAUCACGAAACCUAGCACAAAGUAUGAUUCAACUCUGUGAAUUAUUGUGUGGGCCUUCAAUUGUUCGGAAACGACAAUUAGUACAUAAUGGAGAAGUUCAAGUCCCACUUGAAAAAGACGGAGAUUUAUUAAUGUUCAAUAUGACAGUUGACUUCAUGGUAACAGCUACAAAGGGUUUGACUCCUAUAGAAAUUACGGAAGACCUGAAAGAUAAAACUAUACCAGAAAUUUAUCCGCUUAAGAAUGUAAAGAACAUAACAGAAUUACCGGUAAAAAAAAAUCAACUUAUAGCGAGAUCUCUUGUAAAAUCGUUUACAACAGCGGCUUCUUGUGCUUAUCAAAAAUAUGGAGCCGAUGUUAAAGAAUUACCAGAACCAAUAACGAUUCAAUGCGUACAAUCAAACAGUCAAGCAUUUCAUUUUUCGGUGUUUCAAUUAAACACUUUGAAUAUAAAUGGUACUGAAGGUCCAAAAAAUUUCUGGUGGUCUAUGCCAGAAAUAGAUCUUUUUGAUACAGCUAUGUAUGUUAAAGGAAGACCUGUAUUAGAAGGUUAUAAUCCAGAAGUUUUCAAAAGGAUAUUAGCAUUUUAUACUAAUGAAUAA